UAAAGAAAAAACUACGACAUUAGGGUUACCCCUUCCGCUUCCCCUUCCACUCCCUUUCCGAACAAAUUCUGCUUCCGCUGUUCCAUCUUCUUGGCUCGCCUAUCUCCCGUGCUCGCCAAUCCACGCCAAAUCGGCUGCCGACCGUCAACGACCAUGGCUGCACAAGCAGACGAGGAGACGGACUGAUGUUGUUGCCGAUGUGAUCUUCCUGUUAUUCAACGCGGUGUGCCUCCUAGGCAGGACGUCAACGCCGGUUGCCAAACUGCAGCCCUUUGAAGGAGAGGAAGGGGUCUCUGCCAACACUAGAUGUCGUCCGCCUCUUGGGAAAGCCGUGGAGGAAGAAUGUUGUCUGCCGCCGCCGACCAUGACCUCCGAGAUGCACCGUUGGAGAUCAGGAAGGACGCCUUCAGUUCAGGCUAUUUCUUCCUCACCUUCUUUCUUUGAUUCAUAUCUUUGUUUUUUUCAGUGUGUGACUGCAUGUGUAACUUCUCGCAGUUGCAUUCAGAGUUCAGAAGAUGGGUUCUGCGAGGUGCAAGUAGCAGCCUCGAAUAUGAAGAGGGUCAUAACCAUGUUAUUCACUCUCAACCUGCGCUACAAAAUUAUUGGUAUAUGCAAUUGGUGGUUCCGCUCCUGCUGCAAAGAAGCUAGACGUCCGGCCUGGCAAAAGUAGUUUCCCGAUGAUGCGUAAGAGUCUUGCUGCUCGCAUUGGCACAGAAGCUCCCAUAUCUGAAUUUUAUUUUUGCUAGAGUUAUCAGAUGCACAUUCUAUUAGUCUCCAUAAUUAUUUAGAGAGCACAAGCGUAUUUUUGCACUGAUUUCUCAUAUGCACCUUCUGUUAGUAUGCGUACUUAUUUAGAGAGCAUGGGAAUGUGAUUCUGAUGGCUUCUAUUUGUUACAUAUUAUAGUCGACAAUUGUGAUACCAUAUAUGUCCUGGAUGGCAAACUUAUUUUCAGAUUUGGUCAGAGCCCACCUGUUCCAAGUGCUGGGCGAUUUUCCUUUGAUGGCAAGGAUCUAAGAUGAUCCGGUGGUUCUUGCUGCAUAGUAUUGUUGCUGGUCCCAUUAAUAGACAAGUAUCCGACGGGACAAUUCCCUGCGGGUAGCUCAAAUGGGGCUGCUGGCACCCAUACACGCAUAAAACAGUCAUGUGUGCCUUCGUUGUUCAAUCAUUUGACUACAUACAUGUACAUUUUGUUUCAUCCAUUGUUUAGCUUUAUAAUUCAAGCGAGCAAAUAUAUCAUUUUUUCACCGUA